AUGGGGAGUCGGAAAAUGGCGUCACAGCAGGGGCGUGGCGACGCCGGCACGUCACAGCCGGGGCGCGGCGACGCCGGCACAUCGCAGCGCGGCCAGGUGCAGAGCCUGGCGAGGCAGGGGUCUCUGUACAGCCUCACCCUCGACGAGGUGCAGAACCAUCUGGGAGAGCCCCUGCAGAGCAUGAACCUCGACGAGCUGCUCAGGACCGUGUUUCCUGACGACCUGGAGCCCGAUGGCGCGACCACCAGCCAGUGUGUGCCGAGCUCAAGCCUCCUGCGCCAGGGCAGCAUCACCAUGCCGACCGAGCUCAGCAAGAAGACGGUGGAUGAGGUGUGGAAGGGCAUCCAGGAGACACCCAAGAGGAGUGUCCAGGGGAGUGGUCGGCGCAAGCGGGAGAGGCAGCCCACGCUCGGGGAGAUGACACUCGAGGAUUUCUUGGUCCAAGCAGGGGUUGUUUCCCAGGGAUUUCUCAAGGACACGAGCGAUGUUGGCAAUUUGGGUCUGAUGGGGAGAGGUGCCACAGCAGCUGGAGCCACCGAUUUGACAUCUGGGGCACAGUGGUUAGGCCAGUACCAGCAGCAGAUUGCAGCUUCAGCCAUCAACACUCAUCAGCAUGUGCAACAAAUUGUGCCAGCUGCUUAUAUGCCCAUUCAGUUAGUCCCUCAGCCACUGAAUGUUGUUGGCCCUGGUGCCACUCUGGGGUCUGCUUACUCUGAUGGACAGAGUACAUCACCAAUGAUCAGUCCAAUCUCUGAUUCUCAGACACCUGGGAGAAAGCGUGGUGUAUCAGGAGAUGUCCCCAAUAAGUUUGUGGAGAGAAGGCAGAAGAGGAUGAUCAAGAAUAGGGAGUCGGCUGCCCGUUCAAGGGCUAGGAAGCAGGCCUACACUAAUGAACUCGAAAACAAGGUAUCCCGUUUGGAAGAGGAGAAUGAGAGGCUAAAGAAGCAAAAGGAGUUGAACAUGAUGCUUUGCUCGGUGCCUCUACCAGAACCCAAGUACCAACUCAGGAGAACAUGCUCGGCCGCUUUCUGA